GCCGUCCAUGUGGAGUCUGAGGAAGAGGUGAAGGACUCUUCCACGCAGUCCCGUGGUUGGGUGAAGAAGGCUGCCUUGGCUCUGGCGUUGGGCCUCGGUGUCGUGGGCUUCAUGGCCAUGCCGAAAGCAACGAGGUUCUGCAAUGGAUUGGAUCUCGGGGCCUUCCAGGGAAAGUCCAACCUUGGCUUGGACGCACAGAUGGCUCUGAAGGCCGAUGCGCUGAAGGGUGUCAAGAAGCCCUCGGCGGCCGAGAAGAUUGUCCUCAAGGAACACAACUUUUUUGCGUGUGCCGGGUUCAGGGAGUUCGCGGGCCAGAGGCGAUGGCCAAUCAUGAGCAAUCGUACGCUGUACGCUCCAUCCGGUUUUGGUUUGCAGACUACGGGGUGGAGGCUUUGGCAGAUUCGGUGCUAA